AUGACCCUACUGUAUAUCGAAUUGGUAACAACCCCGCAGGAGAAUGAGUCCCUCUUCACUUUCCUCGGCAAGAAAUGUGUGCCUAUGUCUUCAGCAGUGGUACAAUUAUAUGCAGCAGAUCGGAACGGUAUGUGGUCAAAGAAGUGCAGUGGUGUUGCUUGUCUUGUUAAGGACAAUCCACAAAGAUCUUAUUUUUUAAGAAUAUUUGACAUUAAGGAUGGGAAAUUAUUGUGGGAACAAGAACUAUACAAUAACUUUGUAUAUAAUAGUCCUAGAGGAUAUUUUCAUACCUUUGCUGGAGAUACUUGUCAAGUUGCUCUUAAUUUUGCCAAUGAAGAAGAAGCAAAAAAAUUCCGAAAAGCAGUUACAGACUUGUUGGGCCGACGACCAAGAAAAUCUGAGAAAAGAUGAGACCCCCCAAAUGGUCCCAAUCUACCUAUGGCUACAGUUGAUAUAAAAAAUCCAGAAAUCACAACAAAUAGAUUUUAUAGUACCCAAGUCAACAACAUCUCCCAUACCAAAGAAAAGAAGAAAGGAAAAGCUAAAAAGAAGAGGUUAACCAAGGCAGACAUUGGAACACCAAGCAACUUCCAGCAUAUUGGACAUGUUGGCUGGGAUCCAAAUACAGGCUUUGAUCUGAAUAAUUUGGAUCCAGAAUUGAAGAAUCUUUUUGAUUUGUGUGGAAUCUCAGAGGCACAACUUAAAGACCGAGAAACAUCAAAAGUUAUAUAUGACUUUAUUGAAAAAACAGGAGGUGUUGAAGCAGUUAAAAAUGAACUACGAAGGCAAGCACCACCACCUCCACCACCACCACGGGGAGGACCACCACCACCUCCUCCCCCUCCACAUAGCUCAGGCCCUCCUCCUCCUCCUGCCAGGGGAAGAGGUGCUCCUCCCCCACCACCUUCAAGAGCUCCCACAGCUGCACCUCCACCACCAUCUCCUUCCAGGCCAGGUGUGGCCGUCCCUCCACCACCACCAAAUAGGGUGUAUCCUCCUCCACCUCCAGCCCUUCCCUCUUCAGCGCCUUCUGGGCCUCCACCACCACCUCCACCUCUAUCAGUGGUAGGAUCAGUGACAGCACCCCCACCACCUCCACCUCCGCCUCCACCAGGGCCACCACCUCCCCCUGGCCUCCCUUCUGAUGGGGACCAUCAAGUUCCAACUCCUGCAGGAAACAAAGCAUCCCUUUUAGAUCAAAUCAGAGAGGGUGCUCAGCUAAAAAAAGUGGAACAGAACAGUCGACCAAUGUCCUGCUCUGGAAGGGAUGCGCUUUUAGACCAGAUACGACAGGGUAUUCAACUGAAAUCUGUGUCUGAUGGCCAAGAGUCUGCACCACCAACACCUGCACCCACUUCAGGAAUUGUGGGUGCAUUGAUGGAAGUAAUGCAGAAAAGGAGCAAAGCCAUUCAUUCUUCAGAUGAAGAUGAAGAUGAAGAUGAUGAAGAAGAUUUUGAGGAUGAUGAUGAAUGGGAAGACUGAUCUAUAUAUUAUAUAUAUAUA